AUGUCGCUCAGAUUGAGAUUGUUCGAUGACGUCAUUUCCGGAUUCGAUGACGACUGCAAAGUUACCCCUGCAGAACUUGAGGAAGUGCUUACCCCUGGAGGAAAGGGGAAUAAAGCUUUCUGCAUGGCCGACGACCAUGAACAAGACACGCCUUUGUCGAUUGGAAUUUCCGCAAAACCGAUGGUGAGACGUCGCGAUGCAUUUGAAGUCAGACGCGGGUUUUUUUCCGGAAAGCGCUCUGCUGAUGUAAACCUAACGGAAUCACCAAUACAUGCAGUGAAAAAGUCAAAAGACGUUACUGGCAUUGCGCCCAAAUCCCAUGAACGUUAUACAAACGGGAUUAUCAGCGCGGUCGAAACGCUUGAAAGCGGAAACGGCAUGAUCGCUGAUGGGUCAAGUAAAUACACACUUCCGACAAUGCCCGGAAAGCAUAGUGACCUUACGGCCAUAUCGCCGGAAAUACUGGCUGACGUCAUUCACGGAUGCUUCAAUGAUGUCAUUGGUGACGUCACCAUUAUCGAUUGCCGUUACCCUUACGAGUUCGAGGGUGGGCACAUCAGAGGGGCUGUAAACUUGUACACGAAGGAUGACGUCAACAGCUUGCUUCAGAAACCAGUAGCUGACGACAAGCGUCACGUGCUGAUCUUCCACUGUGAAUUUUCAUCAGAAAGAGGGCCUAAAAUGUACCGGUUCCUGCGCGCGCAAGAUCGGACGUUAAACAGGGACAGGUACCCGCGACUCAACUUCCCGGAAGUGUACCUACUCCAUGGCGGAUACAAGGCCUUCUUCAACAAGUACAAGGACCUGUGUGAUCCAAUCAGCUACAAACCCAUGUUGCAUGAGAACCACGCGUCCGACCUACGCCACUUCCGGGUGAAGUCUAAAUCCUGGACGGGGGAGGACGGAAAUCAAAAGACAAGUAGACGACACCGCAGUCGUCUUGGUCGCCAUCUUAGUUUUUGCAACCAACUGACGGAAGCACAGUUAUAG